AUGGACAGCAGUAAACAGUCGAAUACUCAAGACGAUGUCAAGAGAUUUUUAGAGGAUCUGGACAGUAUUACUGGCCCUCCAAAACCCAACUCAUCCUCUACUGCAUUGAAUACAGUCAAACCACCAGUGUCUACCUCAAAGGAUAUUCUAAGUUUCUUGGAUGAAAUAGAUGCUCCGCCAAUACAAGUCACCUCUGCUCCUGAAAUAAAUACCUUUACAAAGCCUGCAGCUGUGGAUCUGGCUCCUAUUGUUACUACAGCAGCAAAGCCAUCCUUGCCACAAGUGUCCAAGCCAAUCGCAAGACCGCCUCCAAAAACAACUGCACUGCUUAAUACUGCCAGUAUUCCUGUUGGAACUUUAUCUACUGGUGCACCAGCUGAUAUUCCUACUCUCCCCUCUGAUAUUCCUUCUGGUUCAUCAGCUCAAUCUAAACCACAGGAGCAACCACUUCCGUCUACAGACCAAUCUCUGCAACAGCAACUGCCAAACAACUGGUCAUGGGGAACAAUUUGGUCAUCCGCCGCAUCUGCUACUGUAAAAGGUUUAGAAAGCAUGCAGACUAUAGCCGAACAUACUGCUCAGACCAUAUCUUCUAAUGAUAAAGUACGCGGCAUUUAUGCAGGCAUGGCACCUGAGAUUAACCGUCUUGGUGCAGAUUUAUCAAGCUUUGCAAAGAUAUCGGCAACCACUAUCGCUGAUACAAUUGCUCCUCCUAUCCAUCGUUUUGGUUCACAUGGAGCUUCGUUUGCCCCAACUAUCAACGUCUGGUUUUGUGCUGAUAUUUCUGAUGUACAGGUCCUGGAACAAUUGCAUAAUUUUGUACAGUCCACGCUGGAUGAAAUGUGGAUCAAGCCAUUUAUGCCUGCGGAUUCCAAAACAGGUGUACCUCUUUCUGCCGAUAUAAACCCACGCAUUGUUCAAGUAUGUGAUCGUGUUGCUGUAAAUAGCAUCCAUAAUCCAGAGCCAGUGAUGGCCAAAAAUGUCAACGAAGCCAUUGUCCAUUCAGAGACCAUGAUUUCAAGAUUGCAGACUUUGUCUCAAGCUAAAAAAGAUGAAGCUGUUGAAAACAGGGGCCAGAAUGCCAUGGCAGGAAAGGCUGACCAGUCUGCUCCAGAUCGAGAAUGUUUUUUGGUAAUUCAGCCUUACUCGACUAUUUUACCUUCAUCCCAGCUAUUUGAUGCCACCAAACAUAUCCAGUAUUUUACCACAAUGGUAUGUGACGCAGGUGAUUUGGGAAUGAUUGCGCCAUUAACUAUUUCUCAAUCAGUCGCUAUUCGGAAUCCAUCUACACAAUCUGAAGCACAUUGGGCUGCAUGGGAACAGACACUGCAUCGCCGCGUCAUUGAGACAGUGAUUGCGGAUUUGUGUGAGGAGUUUGUGGUUGCCGUUAGGUUUUAAUAAAACUGUUUGAAUGGAUGGUGAUGGCAUUGAAUGACUGGUGGAUUCUAUAGCUAUUUCAAAGAAUUCAAGUAUAGACUUCAAUGGCUUGCAAAGUGAAGUUCAAGACUUUCAAGUGUUGUAGAAAA